GCAAUAUCCAUUCGAAUUCCAUUUAAGUUGUGUUUUAACUUCUUGUUGAAUGUAGUAUGUACAUCAAAUUUAAGUGUAUUUAUUCAGUAUUGUUGUAUAGAUGAGAAGAGCGGACGCAGUGGUAAUUUAUUUCAUCUAACGAACUAACCGAAAGUUUGUCAUCAAAGUUAUUAGGUACCUAUAUUGACAAGUGGAGUAAAAGCCAGAGAAAACAGACAUUUAAACGCACUUGGACCUGGAAUUUCAGGAGAUAACUUACGACAAAAAGAUGGGUGCCGAAAAUUCAAAACCACAAUCGUCGGCGUAUCUCGAGAGCGAAAUUGUCAACGAGUUGAAAUUAGAAAUAAAGUCGCAAAGGAUUAUGUUUGAAAAAAAAUGCGAAGAACUUUUGGAACAAAAAAGGAAAGAUGAAAAAACUACAUCUACGCUCAGUUCUGAUCAAAAUGCGAUGUCUAGCGUACAUCAGCAGAGUUCCCAGAAUGUGCAAGCGGCUCAUAUGCCUCCUGUGUACCACGGCCAAUAUCCAUCAGUGUUGCAUCAACAAAACACUCAAUUCCAACCACCACUAGUUAACACGAGGCCGUUGUAUACCCCGGACAAUACAACUGCUCAUUGGAUGUCGCAACCAACAGCGCCACCUAUGGUAUUGGAAGGAAACAGUUUACCAGAAACUAGAAAACCAUACGGUUCUGACGUUAGUAAACGUGAUGUACAAAUAAAUGGAAAGAAUUGUUACAAUAAAAAUAAUAGAACAGCAAGGGCUUUUUCAAAGGACAGAAACAAAGGAGAAUUGGGCUUACAUAGAUGUCCUAACCAGGAAGAGGGCUGCAAAUUAAGAUUUCACGAUAAAAAUGAAGGUUACAACAACCAUUUAAAGGAGUGUUGCUUUAGAGAACAAUGUUGUCCAUCUCUAGCUGUUGGUGGUAGUUGUAUUUGGAAAGGAAAUGUUAAUUCUAUGGUUAAGCAUUUCGACCUCGUCCACCCAGAAUAUCGGAAGACUGGAGUUAACAGAGAGGAGACCUUACACGUUGGAGUAAAUUGUAUGAUUAUGUCCCUAGUUGUGGUCGGACCUUUUAAGUUUCUUUUAAAUAUUAAGAUUGACAUUCCAAAAAAUAAAAUUGAUAUUGUACCUCAGAUGAUUGGUACAGAAGUAAGCGCUUCUAAAUGGACUUACGAAGUAGAUAUUUAUAAUAAAGAGGAACCUAACAGAAGAUAUAACUUCAAAGGUGUUUGCCCAUCUGACAAAGAAUCUUUUUCCAAGUUGUGUGUUGAAAACAAAACUGUUUCAAUAUGUUUAGAUUACGCGAAAACAUUUACAACGAAUGAUAUUUUGAAUUACAGAGUUUCAUUAUAUCGCGCCUUCGUUAAUGUUAAGACAUAACGUCUUAUAACGAAGACAUUGAAAGUUCUUAAAUAUCCAAUUAUUUUCUUCUUUGCUUCUUAUAAGCCUUGCAGUUAGGUAUAGCUCCUACUAUUAAUAAAAUAUGAUCUGAUAAUCACUUCCAUUAUAAUUUUUAAUUGGAAUAUUAUUUUCAUGCAAAGCCAAAUCCGAAAAGACGGCUACUUAUAACUUCGUUGUACUGAUCGGAAUAUACCUAUUUACAGGUAAAUAUAUGUUUUACUAUGAAAUAGUAAAACGCUAGUUAAGUGACAUAGACAAUAGUAGUAAUGUAUUGUACUACCUCAAAUUACCUAAACUCAAAACUUUCUUGUGGAUUUUUAUUUUUCAUUAUUUUUUAUAUGUUCCUUUCUCAUGUUUAAAUAUUAUUUUUCUAUUUUAAAAUAUUUAUAGUUAAGUGCUAAAAUGGUUAUUUUCUUCACAAACUAGAAUUUUAAAUAGUUAAGUUUAACUUAUCUUGUUCAAUAAAAAUCAUAUUUAUGUUGUUAAGAUUUAAUAAUAUUAUUAAUCGAAGCUUAUUGUAGCUAAACAUUCGACAUCCAUCCGGGCACAGAAUCUAACGCAUUCAAUAAUUGUUAAUUUAUAUCAAUCACACAUUAUCUUCAAUAAUGGCGUUACAUUAACCCUAAAUGUAAAAAAGGGCUUUUGAGGGCCCAAAAUAUUUUAGUUUGGCAAGGUCAAUCUGAGAAAUGAUUAAUUUUAUUAAAAAUAAAUAUUCGUUUUUCCUAAUUAUUUACGAUUUUAAAUGUCUAAUACUUUAAUUAUAUUUUUUAGUAUUUACUUAAUUAAAUUACAAUGAACAAUAAAGAUUUUGCCUAAUA